UCUCGUCUCUUACUUAGGCCUAUUCGAAAUCAUUUUGGCCUUGCUUUUUGCCGCAUAAAAUUAUUUUACAAAAGAUUGAUGGAUGUCUUUUUAAUGCGAAACGUGUUUUGUACAAAUAUUUUGAGUAUGUUGGUGUGUGUGCUCUGUGUUUACAGUACCUGUCGGAACGUGACUGAACCUGAGCACACCUGCAUAGAGGCAGUGCAUAUGGGUGUGUUUGCAGUGGGAAAUCAGGAUGUGACUGUCAAGGAAUUAAAGGACAAAAGGGUCAGAAGGGGUUUCCUGGUUUGGAUGGUGUAAUGGGAGUUCAGGGGCAUCGAGGAAAGGAAGGCCCUCCUGGACUUCCUGGUCCAAUUGGAAACAUGGGACGUACAGGCAUGCGCGGACAUAAAGGUUCUAGGGGAACUUCAGGGACGCCAGGAUUCUUUGGCCCACCGGGACUACCGGGGCUCCCUGGGAAAGAGGGGCCGAGGGGGCAUCCUGGUCUCCCAGGAUGCAAUGGAACAAAGGGUGAGCCUGGUCCCCCAGGCUUUAUAGGCCAGAUGGGACGUCCUGGACGGCAGGGAGGACCAGGAAUCCAAGGACCUAAGGGAGAUAGCUAUGUCUUUCCACCCUCCGAACAAGUGAAAGGAAUGUGUGGUCCUCGAGGCAGAGAUGGAGAUAAAGGUCCACUAGGAUUGCCAGGAUUUCCAGGACCAGAGGGACCAGAGGGGCCUAGAGGUCCACCAGGAAUAGAAGGCAUUCCUGGAUUACAAGGAGAGAAGGGUCGAGAGGGUCGAAUCAUGGGAACACCUGGACCCAUAGGUCAAAAGGGGGAGAGAGGACCACCUGGUGUACCAGGACAAAAAGGUGUAAAGUUAUUUGUAUCAGGACCAAAGGAGCCUAAGGGUGACAGUGGGGAUUUUGGAGACAUUGGAUGCCCUGGGUCAUUUGGUCUUCGUGGUCGUCCUGGUCCUACGGGGAAGAAAGGGGAAAGCGGAGAGCCUGGGGCUCCGGGGAAACCUGGAAAGGAGGGGCUGCAAGGAGAGUUGGGCCCUAAGGGAGUGCCUGGAGAUGUAGGAUAUCAAGGAGCUACUGGGAUAGCAGGGGAAAUGGGUUUGAAGGGUGACCCCGGUGCCCCUGGGGUCCCUGGAGAGUUUGUUAUAAUUGAUACGGAGAUCAAAGGUCAAAAAGGUAUUCCUGGGCCACCAGGACCUCCUGGUCUACAAGGCAGUGAAGGUUUCAAUGGUUUUCCUGGACCUCCAGGUCCUCCAGGGAUCGGCCUACCAGGACCUAAUGGAAAACUAGGUCCCCCAGGGUUUAGAGGUGUGAAAGGGGGAAAAGGAGAACCUGCACCUGACAUCAGAGGACCCAAAGGACUUGAUGGCCAACCAGGGGAACAAGGACCCCCUGGUGACCCUGGACCUCCAGGAACUCCACAAGUCAAAGGUCGCUUGGGACCAAAAGGGCUCAAGGGUGACAAAGGCCUAACAGGCCCUGAGGGUCGAUAUGGAGAUCCUGGAAAACCAGGAGAGCAAGGAGAACUUUGCAGACUGUGUGCUGCUUCUGCUGCUGACCCUGGACCUCCAGGACCACCUGGAGUUUCAGGAGAACCUGGAGAUCCAGGUCUUGGAGGAGUUCAAGGCAAUAAAGGAUUCCGAGGCAUCAAAGGUCCAGAGGGUCCACCGGGUCCUCCGGGUUUCUUAGGUCCUCCAGGAUUUACAGGGCCUCCAGGGCCCAAAGGAGAUCUAGUGAUGAUAUCUGAGAUUGGGGAGAAAGGACAGAAAGGAAACUCUGGUGGAGUAGGACCAUUGGGGAUAAAGGGGCAAGAUGGUAUGCCGGGCACCCCAGGCUUCAAAGGACCAUCAGGAGCAAAAGGAAACCCAAGUCCUCCAGGGCCUAAGGGCAACCAAGGAGAUCCAGGGAUUUGUGGAGACCCUGGCUGCACAGGUCCAAUGGGCAGCCAAGGGUCAAUGGGUGUCGGGCAACCAGGAGCACCUGGAGAGAAAGGAAGUUUGGGAGUAGUGGGCCGGCAAGGAAAUCCUGGAGAACCAGGUGAGAAAGGAUCUCCAGGACCAGUACAAACAACACCUGGAGACCCUGGUGAGCCUGGACUGCCUGGUCCACCUGGUCUACCAGGACCUCCAGGUAAUGAUGGUUGUGCUGGGGUUCAAGGAUUUCCGGGAUUGUGCGGUUUAAAAGGAGAGAAAGGACUGUCAAUACCAGGAGUUCCUGGACUUACUGGUCCCAAAGGUGAUAAGGGUGUGAAAGGGAAGCCAGGUCAACCUGGUUAUGGAUGUGUAGGCCGUCCUGGCCCUCCAGGACCACCAGGAAUGCCAGGCACGAAGGGUGAAAUAACAUUCGGCUCCCCAGGGCCCCAGGGUCGGAAAGGCCUGCCAGGAGAUGAAGGGUGUCUUGGGGUACCAGGAAUCUCUGGCCCUCCUGGAUUAUCAGGAUGUCGAGGUCAAAGAGGAAGGGAUGGACCACCAGGAGACCGUGGUGCACUGGGUCUGGAUGGUUUGCCAGGAGAAGUUGGUGUUCCAGGAUGUUGUAUGCCAGGAGCUAAAGGUGACGAAGGGCCCUCAGGCAUCAGAGGACUAGAUGGACCCACUGGGCUGCAAGGGCUGAAGGGGCCAAAAGGUGAAACUGGAUUACCUGGAAUGGGUUUACCUGGUAUGCAAGGUGUGUUUGGGAUACCUGGGAAAAUUGGACAGACUGGUUUGGUUGGUAUCCGGGGACCAAAAGGUUUCCACGGUCGGGAUGGUUCUCCGGGCUUUCCAGGUACACAGGGAUGUCAGGGUAGUCCUGGAAUGUUUGGUCCACCUGGAGUGGAUGGAAAUCCUGGACCACCAGGGCUCCCGGGACCUAAAGGUUUAAUGGGUAGGAAUGGAGUGCCUGGUGACACAGGAAAACCCGGGGAACCAGGAGACCCUGGGACCUGUGGUCCAAAGGGACUGGCAUCAAAUAUUAUGUGUCCAGGGGAUCCCGGUGACCCUGGCCUACCAGGUCUUCUUGGUCUACCUGGCUCUAAAGGGGAAUUAGGAUUCCCAGGCAACUAUGGACAAUGUGGGAAGAAUGGAGUUCCAGGAUUUCCUGGUCCACCAGGCCAUCCUGGUGACCCUGGCCAGAAUGGGCUUCCAGGAAAUCGGGGUCUUGAUGGAAACUUUGGGGAUCCAGGAGUUAUGGGGUUUCCAGGAGUGAAAGGCUUCAAAGGUUUACCUGGUGCUCGUGGGGGGACUGGAACUCCUGGUGUCCUAGGGCCAAAUGGACCAAAGGGGAUCAAAGGUGAACCCAGCCCCCCUGGGCCAGGGCUUCCAGGACUACCUGGUGAGAAGGGUGAGCCAGGCUUUCCAGGGUGUAGAGGGGAAAAGGGUGACAAGGGUAUAUAUGGGACAAAUGGUCUCCCAGGUUUCUCAGGGGUUCCUGGGGAAAGAGGCGAAACUGGAUUACCAGGAGAUCCAGGACCUCCAGGAGCUCCUGGUGAUGAGGGUUUAGAUGGGCUUCCAGGUCCACCUGGAUGUGAAGGGCCCUGUGGUCCACCAGGUGUUCCUGGUUCAGCUGGAGAUCCUGGGUCUUCAGGAUAUCGAGGAGUUCAAGGCAGAGAUGGCAUUCCAGGAUCUGCUGGAGAUAAAGGAGAUAGAGGGUGCACUAAGAAUGGGGAUCCUGGCCCACCUGGCAUCAAGGGUGAGAAAGGUAUUAAAGGCUGUUGUGGACCCCCAGGGCCAUGUGGGCCACCAGGUCCCUGCGGUCCAGCUGGAGUUAUUGGUCCUCCGGGCAAACCAGGAGAUAUGGGGCGACAAGGGUACCCAGGGCCACCUGGUGUCUGUAUUAGUGGUCCAAAAGGGGAGCGAGGACCUAAUGGAUUACCUGGCCCUCCAGGUCUCAGAGGACCAUGUGGUCCUCCUGGUGACCCCGGUCCAGGCCUAAAGGGAGAUAAAGGCAGUGACGGGCCCCAGGGACUUGUGGGGCCACCCGGUUGUGCUGGUGAUAGAGGUGUUCUUGGUGAACCAGGGAGAGAUGGAUAUCCUGGUUUCAAGGGACUGAAAGGAAAUAUGGGGCCAUUGGGUUGUGUUGGACCAGUUGGCCAAAAAGGAAAUUGUGGUCCAAUUGGGCUUCCUGGAUUAAAAGGUUGUAAAGGACCUCCUGGAAUUAAAGGGCCAAAAGGUUGUGAUGCUGUGGGUGAGGUCAUCUCUAGCUCCGGUGACCCUGGUUUGCCUGGAAAAGUCGGGGAGAGAGGAGAACCAGGAGAACUUGGACCUAAAGGAUUACGAGGUCCAAAAGGAGCACAAGGUCAGAAGGGAUAUACAGGUGCAGACGGAGGUGUUGGACCAAAGGGGAGCCCUGGACCGAAGGGCGACACUGGCCCACCAGGACAACAAGGUCCUUGUGGUUUGCCAGGCGAAGUGGGUGCCAAGGGCUCACAGGGUCCACCUGGGCGAAAACAAGGAAAUGGGAAAAGAGACGGAUUUCUUUUUACCAGGCAUAGCCAGACAAUCAAUGUACCAGUUUGUCCUAGUGGGUCAAAACGUCUGUACUCUGGAUAUUCGCUUCUCUUCAUCAACGGCAAUAACGGCGGGCACGGACAAGACUUAGGAACUCUGGGAAGCUGUUUGCCAAGGUUUUCCACCAUGCCUUUCCUGGUCUGUAAUCAUAACGACACUUGUCGCUACGCCUCUCGAAAUGAUUACUCCUAUUGGCUGUCUACAGACACGCCGAAGUCUGCAAACGAGGAGUUGAUUUUUGGAAAUACAUUGGCACAGUAUAUCAGCAGGUGUGCUGUGUGUGAGGCAUCAGCUAAUGUAAUAGCAAUUCACAGCCAGACCAUUAAUAUCCCAAAAUGUCCAACAGGAUGGCUUCCACUAUGGCAAGGUUACUCCUUUGCAAUGCAAACGGGGGCAGGUGCAGAAGGUUCCGGACAACCCCUCGUCUCACCUGGAUCCUGCCUGGAAGAAUUCCGGAAGAUUCCAUUCCUAGAGUGUCAUGGUCGUGGCACCUGUAACUUCUAUCCUGAUUCCUACAGCUACUGGCUUGCAUCACUUGACCCAAGCAGAAUGUUCAGUGUGCCUGUCCAACAGACAGCAAGAGAGAAAGAAAUCAUCAGCCGCUGUCGGGUCUGUAUGAAGCAGUAGCCUUAAGGUCAGAGGUGACCUUGGUAUGAGACUUGAACUAUGAACUUCCACUUGUCAGUUUUCCAUGACUUGUGUAACGUAGGUAGGAUCCGUGAAGUCAGCCCUCAAGUGUUUCAGCUGGAAACAACUGGUUAUGAGUGAGUUGUCAUUAUGUUUGCUGUUCCUUGUGAAACAGUCAACGAGUGGAAUGAUGCACUUAUGGGUGGAGCAACUGGUCAUUUUUAAACAUAUUUCACCCAAUCGGAACUUUUAAGAAUACACUGCACAACUUUUGCUCAGAUUUUUGCCCCCAUUUGCAGUUUAGAUGAGGCGACAA